AUGAUGGCGGACGAGAAGUUAUUUUUCUCGAAUGCCGUACAACAAUUGGCGAGGUGUUUAGCCGCUAUUAAACCUACACCAUGGGAGAAGGUAGCUAAAUUGUACAAAUUGUGUCCUCAAGAUUCCGCUCAGGGUGUAUUCCGUUUGGAUCAGAGGGGUCAAGAUGCGACCAUUGCAUUGGGAAUUUAUUUUUUGGAAUCUGAACUGCAACACAAGGAUCGAAUCUUACCAUAUUUGCUCAGACUGUUGCGUGGUCUUCCAAAAGCGGUGUGGCGGGAUGAAGUGAAAUGUUCUCUCGCCGAGAGAGUUCCAGUAGCGGAACGCUUCAGCUUCUGUCUGAACACAUUAUUGAGCGAUGUGGCGGCCAGAUGCGAACCAGUACGAGAAGAAAUUAUAUCAACACAAGUUGAAAUCCUCGCGGUUCUAACCAACCUGAUACGUGGAUAUAAAGAUCAAAAUAGUAAUCGGGGCUUACAAGCAAAGAUAUCAUUAUGCAAAUGCCUGGUGCCAGUAUUGAUUGGUCUGGCACGAUCGAUGGGCCGCUUCGCUUGCACGGAUCCACCAUUGCUUUGUCGCAUCUUUCCGCGCCGGGAGACACCCUCACCGGCAAGCAGCUCCGAGAAUCGCUCGAUAUCUGACAAGAAACAGUACAACUUUUCAAACUUUAGACCCAUAAUCCCGCGAUCUCUGAGCGGUAAUUUUAAUUCAUGUAUCGACAACAUAGCUUUGCCAGGCUACGACAGUCACGAUUAUCAGUGCGGCAAGAGACCGUCAUUACAGUCCUUCCUGUCGGUGCCGUAUGAUCCGACAACAUAUUUCUUCAGUCGUUACGGUUCGAGCUUCAAUCAAUUUCCACAGAUGCGAUGCAACGAGAGUCCCGAGAGAAGAGCUGGGAUGCAAUUUACUGUGGUGCACUUGCAGAGUGUGUUAGCUCUGGCUAAAAAAUUGCUCACAAAGGAGAUCCUGAUGUUUUUAGAUGAAGAAGCGCAACAAGUUUAUAGUUCUGGUCAAGUACACAUUUUCCCAUAUCGGACCUUCAGUGAGACGAUGAAUUUAGUGAUGGUGGCUCUGUUGCGCGAACUGCUGCAGAAUCAGCGCGAUUUGCCGGCUCCGUUUACGAGGGACGUGCAGGAAUUUGUCAAAGGUUUAUUCCUCUCGGGACAAACGGAGCUGCAAUCGCGACAGCACGAUGCGAGUGAACGCGAGGACAUUGAUACGAAUUUCCGUACCGUCAAUCGCUUUAAAGUGAAUGUAAUGGCCAACUCCGCGUGCGUGGAUCUUCUAGUCUGGGCGAUCGGUGACGAGACAGUAUCCGGCGAAUAUGAUUUGUCCGCGCUGUUCGCAGAUAUCAGUUCAAUGCUGAUCGGCAAGGGCGCGGACAGUUUGUGCGGACGACUCGUGGAAAAGAUUAACUCUAAUCAUGGGCCCAAGCUUGUGCUGGCACACAUGCCAUUAUUGAUGGUUUGUCUCGAGGGAUUGGGGAAAUUGGCGCAAAAAUUUCCCAACAUAGCCAGUACGUCGAUAUACUAUUUACGAGACUUUCUCGUUGCGCCAUCGCCAAUUCUUCUGAAAUUAUAUCGACAACAUAGUGAAUAUUCCAUGAAAGAACAUCAAUUUAAAGUGCUAGUUCAAGGGAAGGAAAUAACCGAAAUAACGAAACAGACGACAUCAUCAGUACAUACGGCAUUCGAGAAACUUCGCGAUGCAGCAAUCGGCAAUCUCUGUAUCGCCUUGGAAGCUGCGCACUCUGUGAAUCCGGAUUGCGUGCCGGCGCUCGUGGCCAGUGUCUCGAACAGAUUGUACACGGCUGAUAUAAGUGAUGGUGAAAAUGAUGAAAAAUUGAAGAACGAAGUAGUCUCGAAGAAUAUUGUGAUCAUGUUGGGCCAUGUGGCUGUGGCGCUAAAGGAUACCCCGAAGACGAUGCGCACCAUCUUCCCGUUUUUCCAACAACUCUUCUGUCGCACACCCAGCGAUCUCGAUUUUCUCAUAGUAGAUCAAUUGGGUUGCAUGAUCAUCGCUAAGUGCGAACCAAAGAUUUACGAAGGGAUAAUGCAAAUGUUCUCUAUGUCAUUGGGAUCGAGUACGGCAACAUACGCUGCGAACGAUGAUCGUAAGCAGUAUUGUCAUGUUUCCAAAGCGGUUACGAACGCACUGGCGAACAUCGCGGCGAAUCUGCAAGGCGAGUCGGAGUUGGACGACUUACUGUUGCAUCUUCUUGAACUUUUUGUGCAGUUGGGACUCGAGGGUAAACGCGCUAGUGACAAGAUACCGAAUAGUAUUAUCGCAACAAAAGCAGCUACUAGCGCUGGAAAUUUAGGAGUACUCAUCCCCGUGAUCGCGAUUUUGGUGCGACGUCUACCGCCGAUCAGACAUCCGCAUAAACGACUUCUGAAGUUGUUCAAAGACUUUUGGUUAUAUUGCGUUAUAAUGGGCUUCGCCGCGGAUCAUCCAUCGAGAUUGUGGCCACCUGAAUGGUACGAGGGCGUCAAGGAAGUCGCGGUCAAAUCGCCCUAUCUAAUUUCCCAGACCAGUGCUCGUCUUGAAAUGCGAGAGCUACAGUACACAUCGGCAGUACGCAAUGACAGUGUCUCGUUGAAUGAGUUGCAGGAAUUGAGAAGUCAAGUAUUGAAAAUAAGCACCCGUACAAACGACAUAUCAGCGUAUGUGACUAAGCUACAAUUUGCACAAUGCACAUAUUUGUUAUCCGUUUAUUGGUCGGAAACCUUGCGAGUGGCAAACAGUCCUGAACCUAGUUUGCAACCGAUAAUGGAGUAUCUGUGCGAUACUGAUUUGCAGAAGGAUAAAAGUGGCAUGUGGCAGUGCAUAUGCUGCGUAGCGGAUUCUGUCUUUGCGAAAUUCAAGGAUGUGAUGCAGCGCAAACCGAAAGACGAACAACGCGAGAAGGAACUCGAGAAUCAUGCACAGUUCUUGCUGGUGCGUUUCAAUCACGUGCACAAGCAAAUCAGACGGGUGGCGGACAAGUAUCUCAGUGCAUUAGUGGAUGCUUUUCCACAUCUAUUAUGGAAUUGCAAAGUCCUUUGGAGUAUGUUGGAUAUAUUACAGAUUCUAUCAUACUCAUUACAACUUGAUCCAAAUGAAGAAACUCCUAGUUUGAGAAUACCCAGCACACAAUAUAGUAUUGAACUUAUGAAUACUCUCGAAGCAAGAGAGAUUAUCGUGAAGGAUUUCACUGCAAGAUGUAAAGGCAUAGUGCAGGAAGCUAUGAAAUGGGCACCGCAAGCUACCAGAUCACAUCUGCAAGAAUACAUCAAUCAGAUACCGUCUUCUGGCAUGCGACAUCAUUCUGGUUUGUCGCUAGCUAUUGACUCUGUUCUCGAAUUCGUAGACACGGCAAUUCCUACAGUAGUUCCGGCAAAUACGAAUUCAUUGGAUAAGAGGCCACGCGCUCCGAAAGGCGCGAGUUCCUGGUUGCUAUCAAUGAUGUCUACGAGAUCCUGGCAUGCCGGAGAAGUAGCUGGUAUGCUCGCUCUUGCACGCACCGAAUCACCAACCGCAGAGAUGACUCUAGAAAAGUGCAGAGAUAAAGUCAUAGAUAGAUUGAUUGAGGCUGUUCGCCGUGCUUCUCAAGAUCGCGACGAUACUGCUCAUCGCGGAGCUCUCUGGCGUGCCACUGCUCUUUUAAUAUCCAUUCCCGGGAUACAUAGACGAUUACUACACACAGUUGCAUGCUCGCAGAUAGAAUUGUUCACGACCGUGGCUAUGACGACGGCGGUCGAGUGUUGGCAAUGGAUUUUAACCGUGCGACCGGACCUAAAAUUGCGUUUCUUACAAGAGAUGUUACUCGCGUGGCAAUACACUGUCGAUAAGAGGAUGGGUUUAUUUGCCCCAAAUGAAGAAGAGGUCAGUCCGCUCGCAGUCUACGAGGGUUGCAAGCUUGGACCCAAUCCGCCCCAGAUAAAACCACACGAUAUCUGGGUGACUUUUAUAGUAGAGCUCGUCGAGACGGCUAAGUAUUGUUGUCAGGAAACAGUUGACAUGAUUGCCUUACUGUUGCAUCGUUCAUUACCCAUGACUGUCGGUGCAUCUGGCGAAGAACCUGGCAUUAAUCGGCACGUUGCUGCUGUCGGCGUGCGUUUCAAACUCCUCUCGUGCGGUCUGGUAUUGUUGCAAGGUGACGUUUUACCAAGGACUUUAAGCAAAAAUGUUUUGCGUGAACGCAUCUAUUCCAAUUGCCUAGAUUAUUUUUGCCGGGAACGUCAAUUACCGACGCAAGAAAUUGAUCAGCUUAGCGAGGACAUAGUUACAUUAAUACGCUUUUGGCAGGUAAUGCAUAGCGAUAAAAAGUAUUUGAUGAUGACGGGGGCCGAUAAUGAAUUUGAAAUAGUAACUUCUCAAACUUGUACAACCGCGGUAAUUGUUCCGAGCGAGACGAUUAGUUCAUUAGCCGCCACGCUUGCUCCCGCACCGAACGACUUUUCGAAAUCGUCUAGCAAUGUGUGGAUGAACACCAUGCCGAUGUCAACCAGUAGCAAUACAUUGGGCAAGCGUAGUAAUCGCAGCAAGCGAGUUAUGAACGCCAAUGUUCUCGUGAAAGAUUACAUCAAGAAGAGAAACUUGAUUCUCGAAUUAUUGGCGGUUGAAAUUGAAAUGUUACUGGUCUGGCGUAAUCCUAGCGGAAGACCGGAACUCGCAUUACAAGGGGAAGGGAGUAUUGCAGAUUGGCGUGCCAAAGGGAUGAACGAUCGUUGGCGCGAGUAUACGCGGCUCGCGUGGGAGAUCAGUCCCGUUCUAGCAAUAUUUUUGCCGGUGCGAUUAAAAAAUCACGAAGUUAUUAUCAAGGAGAUCUGUGGUUUGGUGCGCCUUAAACCUGUGCCAGUCAUGCAUGUGUCAGAAGCAUUACAAUAUCUUGUCACGACAGACACGCUACUUAAUGAUGUACCUGAAUUAGUUUAUAUGUUAACGUGGGCAAGAGUAUCUCCAAUUCAAGCAUUAGCAUACUUCUCGCGACAAUUUCCGCAUCACCCUAUCUCGGCGCAGUAUGCGGUGCAUGUGUUGGAUAGUUAUCCUGCCGACGCUGUGCUUUUCUAUAUACCUCAACUAGUGCAAGCCGUCCGUCACGAUGCAAUGGGCUACGUGAUCGAAUUUAUCAAAAAAAUCGCUAAACGAUCGCAGGUAGUGGCACAUCAGCUAAUAUGGAAUAUGUACACUAAUUUAUACAUGGAUGAGGAUAAGCAAGUGAAGGAUCCCGUGCUAUAUGACAUAUUAGAUUCGUUGACGAAGAAUAUCCUGAAUGCAUUAUCUGGCCCGGCAAAACAAUUUUACGAGAGAGAGUUUGACUUUUUCGAAAAAAUUACCAAUAUCUCGGGCGAAAUCCGACCUUAUCCUAAAGGCCCGGAACGCAAAGCCGCAUGCCUAGAAGCCUUAGCGAGAGUGAAAGUACAACCUGGUUGCUAUCUACCAUCAAAUCCCGAAGCAAUGGUUAUCGAUAUAGAUUACCAAAGCGGUACUCCUAUGCAGAGCGCUGCUAAGGCGCCAUUCUUAGCGCGCUUCAAAGUACAGAGAUACGGUAUCAAUGAGCUCGAGAACAUUGCACUGGCAGUCUCAACCAAUGGGAAAGUCGAAACCAAGAGAGAAUCCGAAGAGCAGACGUGGCAAGCCGCUAUUUUCAAAGUUGGCGAUGAUGUCAGACAAGAUAUGCUGGCUUUGCAAGUGAUUAGUAUUUUCAAGAACAUAUUCCAGAAGGUUGGGCUGAACCUUUUCCUAUUUCCCUACAGAGUGGUGGCCACAGCUCCCGGGUGCGGCGUGAUAGAAUGCGUGCCGCAUGCAACAUCCAGAGAUCAGCUCGGACGUACAACAGACAGCGACAUGUAUCAAUAUUUCAUCACGCAACACGGAGACGAGACGACCAAAGAGUUUCAAAAUGUUCGUCGCAACUUUGUCAAGUCGAUGGCAGCGUACAGCGUGAUAACCUACCUCCUCCAAAUCAAAGACCGUCACAAUGGCAAUAUCAUGAUAGAUACUCAAGGUCAUAUCAUACAUAUCGACUUUGGCUUCAUGUUUGAGAGUUCGCCCGGCGGUAACUUGGGCUUCGAGCCCGACAUUAAACUCACCGAUGAGAUGGUGCUCGUGAUGGGUGGCAAAAUGGAAGCUGCGCCAUUCCGUUGGUUUAUGGAAUUGUGCGUGCAAGCUUUCCUCGCUGUCAGACCCUAUCAGGAAGCCAUCAUCUCUCUCGUCUCCCUUAUGCUUGACACAGGAUUACCCUGCUUCCGUGGACAAACCAUCAAGCUCCUACGUAGCCGAUUCGUGCCAACUGCUACUGAUCGAGACGCAGCAAUUUUCAUGAUUAAUGUAAUACGUAACAGCUACCUCAACUUCCGUACGAAAACUUACGAUAUGAUACAAUAUUAUCAGAAUCAAAUCCCCUAUUAAACUGUUACCAGAGAGAAGUUAUCUCUCUUCUCUCUCUUCCUGUUUUUUUUUUUUCGUAAUUUCUAUAAUCGUUAGUUUUGCGCUCACGAUGCGACUGUUGUUAUCUGGUUAGAAUCCAUAAAUUUAAUAUAUCAUGUUAGAUAUUGUUAGAUAUUGCAGUGUGAUAGCUAAUUUUGACGAGGUUGUACAAAUUUAUAUUGAUGUCAAUAUUAUUUUUAAUCCUGUAUGUAUUUUGUGGAAUCAUGCAUUUCACAGUGUAUAUGUAUAUGUAAUAAUGUAUUAUAUUUAUCUACGAGAUAUUGUUCUGAUAUAUGUAUACACAUACACACACACAUACAUAUUUGUUUUUUGUUAUGUAUACAAGAAAACAUUCCUGUUU